AUGGACAUCAAGCCCGGUGAGAAAAUAGGAGUAUGUGGACGAACGGGUAGUGGGAAAAGUUCUUUAGUCAUGACUCUCCUGCGCUUACUUGAGGUUUCAUUGGAAUGUUUUAUCCUCAUUGACGGCGUGGAUAUAACCAAGGUUCCAAGACAGACUGUUCGAGCUGGAAUCAACGCCAUCCCACAGGACGCCUUUGUUAUGAACGGAUCAAUUCGCCUUAUUGCCUCCCCUUUGCAGAAGCAUAGUGAUGCAGAGAUCGUUGAUGCACUUUCCAAAUUCCGCCUGUGGUCGCUCAUCGAGUCCAAAGGAGAACUCCAUGUCGAUCUGGACGCGGAGAUCUUUGUCCCUGGACAGAAACACCUUUUCUGUCUUGCUCCGGCUCUUCUCCGAAAGGUUAAGAUUGUUGUGAUGGAUGAAGUGUCUAGCGAUGUUGCUCUUGCCAUCGAUAAAGUGAUCCAACAAAUCAUUCGCCAGGAGUUUGAAGGAGCCACGAUUAUUUCGUUUGGAUAG